CAGCCAUUGAAUAUAACUUUCUUUGUUUCUGCAGGAGUUACUAAAGUUGAUUACGGAGACAUAUCGUCACGACUUGGACUCAGACGCAAGCUCCAGUGCAAGCCUUUCUCCUGGUACCUGGAGAAUGUUUAUCCUGAUUCCCAAAUUCCACGCCAUUACUUUUCUCUGGGAGAGAUAAGAAAUGUGGAGACAAAUCAAUGUCUGGAUAACAUGGCAAGAAAAGAAAACGAGAAAGUUGGAAUCUUUAACUGCCAUGGAAUGGGUGGCAAUCAGGUUUUCUCAUAUACUGCCAACAAAGAAAUUCGAACAGAUGAUCUGUGUUUAGAUGUUUCCAAACUUAAUGGCCCAGUAACAAUGCUCAAGUGCCACCAUCUAAAAGGAAAUCAGCUUUGGGAAUAUGAUCCAGUGAAAUUAACCCUGUUGCAUGUGAACAGUAACCAGUGCCUGGACAAAGCCACCGAAGAGGACAGCCAGGUACCCAGCAUCAGAGACUGCAACGGCAGGCGCCCCCACCCGUGGCUGCUUCGCAACGUCACCCUUCCAGAAAUAUUCUGAGAGGUUCUAAGGAGAAGCAAGGAUUGACUGGGCUACCUCGGCUGAUACUUCGGCUACGCUGUUAAGUAGCAACAGAAGAAACUUCUGUUUGGCAGAAUCCACGGUUGUUCAGCUGUUAGAACUCCUGCAGCUUCUCAGUAGCUGUGAACCAGCCUUCCUGUGUAAGGAUGUGAACCUACCACACAUACUAGUGAAACUGCGCCCACUGAUGUUUACAAGAUCGAAAGAGUUUCUUCCAGCAGAUAAUUUAGAGAACUUUCGGACAGUGGAAAACAUAAUCAAUGAAAUAGUCUCUCUGAAGAGCUGCAUAUCGUUGUAGUUUGCUUGCACCUCAGUAACCUCUGCUGAAAGUGCUGUUGUAAUGAAGAAAGUUCCAAGAAUUUUUUUUCCUGGUUAGCAGUGAUAACCAGACUACUAAAUAUAGUUCCACAAAUAAAUGAGAGCUGGAAACCAGAUUCAAUAACAUGAAAUGAGAAUUAUGUGGUUUAAGAACAAAAAGUAAACAGGGUUUAAUGGAAACUAAAUCAGAACAAUGAAAAGUACAAUUUGUUAUAGUGAAGUAUCAAAUUUAUAUGUAGAUUUUAUACCUCAGUGGGGGAAAAUAACCAAGUCAAAAGGCAAUUGUUUCUCUUUUUCAAUUUUGUGAUAGUCCAUAAAUACUUUUUUUUUUUUCUGGUGGGUCUAAAAUUAUUUUGGGUGCGAACAAACUGAGCAUAAGAAUAAACUUAGCUCUUGAAUGUCAGAUCAACUUUUUUCAUUUUUUUAAUUUUAAUUUCUUGGCUGUUGGAAUUGUAUCUUUUUAUUACUGUCUGAAAACUGGAGGUUAACAUGCUGUCUAACUUUUUUUUUUUGUCCAGACCUGCCGUUUCAGUUUAUACUUGGGUCAGUCAGCUUAUGGACUUUGAUGGCCAAACAAAAGAUUUAAGUACACUUUGAAAUUAAGUUAACGUGACAGAAUAUGCUUAGCGCCCAAGACUCAUACUACUGUACUACCGUUUUGUUUUCAUAGCAAUAAAUCUUUUGUUCCUUGUUUUGAUUUCAGUCAUCAGAAAGCCAGAAGAAAAGAUACAUGAUUUGGGUAGCAGGAGAUCAGCAAAACUGAAGGUUUUCUGGAAUCCUUUCCCACUUCAUAUUCAGAUGUGCUUCAUUGUCAAGUGCAUAUUUAGAUUAGAGACUGAAUUGUAAUGUUGAUCUGCUGCUUUUUUUCUAAUAAAACCUAAAGAAAAAUAGCUAAAUUGGCAUGGUUUUUAAAGUUAACAUAGCCAAAAGCAAUAUGACUACGUCAUUACAUUGGUCUGCAUUUUUUAACUGAAUUGCUUUGUUUUGUUAAGAAAAAUCUGCGUGGGCUGAUCUUAAAUGAGCCACUGAAUGCUCAGAGUAUACAUUGAAUUUUCUUUUGGAAAGAAAAAUGAGAUUUGCUUAAUGGAGAGGAUAUUUUUAUGAUAAAUGUCAUUGUUUGGCCAACUGUCCUGUAAAGCAAAUUAAACCUAGACUCAUGCAAAA